CCAACAACCACAAGAAGACCACCUCCGCCACCUCCGCCACCUCAGACGAACCGCCCACCGCCACCUCAGACGAACCGCCCACCGCCACCUCCGACGAACCGCCCACCACCAACAACACGACCACCUCCAAACACACGCCCUCCCAAUGAUCGACGUUGCGAUCCAAAUGAAGUGUUUGAUCCAUGCGGAUCAGCAUGUGAACCGACGUGCAGGGAUCCAAACCCGACGACCGUCAUCCAUGACAGUUAUCCUCAACUGUCUGAUUCUCUGAUUGUGUUAUUCGAUCUAUGGAAUUCGGGACAACAGAGGGAUCUCGGUUUCGAGGAGUUGUUUUUUCUUUCUUUGCGGCUCAUUUUUUAG